GAUCAAAUCAACUUACUCUACGCACAAGAUCCAGUCAUCUCAACUCUGCGCGCAAUGUCGCAAUCCGCUGUUGGUACAGCGGCGCCACAUGGCUUGCGCAUAGUCCAGAUAAUUGCAGGCAGAAGCCUGAUUGUCGCACUCCCACUACCGCCUGACAUGGGCGCGCUGCAACAAUCUUCGACGCCUUUCGCUGUCGCUGCUGCUAUGCCAACACGCGAUCGCGCCUUUUGGAGACGAUUCAGCUACACUCCAGUUCUCCUUAAGAUCAGCACAAUUCUCCGCGGUCUUGGACUCCGACAGAUCAACAACGGUCCCGGGAGAAUCUUGUUCCAAUACAACAACGUCUCUCAGCUUGCUGAUGCCGUUGCUGAGGUUGUAAAGAGACUGCCCACUACUCUGGAGGAGCUCUUAGAUGCCGCUACAGACUACGCAUAUGCACCACUUCAGGAGGAGAUAGCACAUCUUCUUGGUCGUUUCGGCGACGAAAUCUGGGGCGCAGGAAAGGAGAGGGCAUGGCUCCUUCAGGCUAGUGAGGGCAAGAUAGAGUAUCAGAAGGAUCUAGUGUUCGAGCAUGCUGCAGAUCAAGCUGUGUUGAUGUACUAUCUCCGCUUGUGGAUCCUUGUGAAGGCCUUCAACUCUUUGCGCAAUAAGGUUCAACCUCGUGCAAAGCUGCUUCCUCAAGCAAGCACAGGCGGCCAGAUGACUUGGAACUCUACCGGUCCCACCAGCAAGUCAUCAUUGCUGCAUCAGGACAUACAGACUGCCACGCGCGGUGACGCACUCGCAGCUGCCGCCGACCUCGCUCCGAUCUCGUCUGCACAUGAUACCUUGCCCGAUGCAUCAAAAGAGCAGACCGACCUCCCCAUCAGCAACAAUUUGCAUGUGCGCAGGACAGUACGAAUACCGAAGCCUCGGAAAGAUGUCGACAUCAACUAUACCUCAGACACGGCGCCGGAAGAAAGUUCACAGAUGAAUCCCGACUCAACUGACGAAACUACAAGACACUACAAAGGAAAGGGAAGGACAUGGAAGAAGACUGAAAUCUACAAAGAUUCAGCUUUUGAUGUCGGUAAAAGUACAAGCAAACUCCGUACCAAGGCCUCUCUAGACGAGCCAACCCCACGACCGAGAGGCAGGCCAAAGGGGAGCAAGGUUGUGUGGACCAAUAGAGGAGAAAGACAGUCGAGACGACUAGGGAAGAAGGCACUAUUGGUGCCUGCCCAAGCUGCCGUGCCAAUGCAAGAGAUGCCGAAGCCGAAAGCAAGUCGACGCCCAAGGAGGAAUUAUCUCUCCGAGGAAGUUGUUCGCAACAGCUCUGAUGAGUCCGAGGAAGACAAAAUUCUUACGCGCACCUCCACGUAUGAGGACGUUGAGUCGGUCAUUGGUACCAAGACGCGCCAUCUUGCUCGACAAUCUAGUGAACAGCGUCACGGCACCGAAAACAUUCCUUCUGUGACUGGCCUCGACCUCGACCCACGGCAUUCCCUGUCUGUGCGUGACCCACCUGUGAGGAGAACUUCAGUGCGACAGCCACCAGGAUCAUGCAAGUCGUGUAGUCGGCGGCAUCAGAAGUGCGAUCGGACGCACCCGACAUGUGGUCGCUGUGCGGAUCUCGGCUUCUCUUGCGAAUAUACUCAAGGCUCAGUCUCGGCUACGCCACCGAGUGUAGCUGCUACAACCAGCCCAUUGAGAAAGCAUGUCCCACUUCCUAUUCAACCUACUACGGAGCAUCUGAACGGCGAGUACGAUCUGCUAGUUGAAUCUGUGACUGACAGCACUAUGCCUCACGCUAAGAGGAACCUCCUUCUUGAUGAGUACUGGGACGAAAAGACCUGGCGCUGUUUCUACCUUACAUAUAACGAGCGCCGAAUCAUGCUGGCAACGAUGCGGUCUCUGGGACUGAAGGUGGUUCCACGACAUCGCUUCAAGUUCAGAUUCGACAUCGGGUACUUCGUGUCACUGGGCAAAGACAUCAACAAAAUCGCACGAAAGCUGUGCAACCAUUUCUCGGCCACGCAAUUGAUUCGAUACGCAGCAGAUCGAAACUACCUGGACGACCGAAUCGAUACCUUAUUCGAGACACACUCGGCAAUAUGGAGCAUCGAUGCAGAUCGUACGAAGCUUCUGGCCCCAGGCGCUGACGAGAACUACCCCAGGGACCUUUUCUAUGAGGAAAGCGAAGACCAGAAAUUGCUAUGGGUUCAUCUCCAUCGUUGGAUAUUCAUCAUUGCGCUCAAGAAUUGUAAACAGAUGCACGGAUCGGGAGCCAGCAAUAUGGACAAAGUGCUCCAGCUGGGAAUUGCGGAGGUCCCUGAAGAUAUGCUCAGCAUGUACCAGCUGGAGAACAGCUACACCCUCCAUGCACCAGAGGAAUCAUCCGGCUCAGUCUCUCCCACCGCAUUAGGCGGCUCUGCCUCAACCAUCAAGGACAAUACGAUCACUAGCCCGAUUCUCGCUGAUAGCAUGUUUGCUGGCCUGAUCCUCGAAGAAUGCGAGUUGAAUCUGUUCGAAGCUCUUGGCCAGUUCUUCGCCGAGGAAAGGGGACAACAGAACGAACAGGAUGACAGCGGUACGCUUCUCGCGGCCGAACCGGACCCAGCUACAGGAAAGCCCUCUAGGCGUCGACGGAAGCGCAAAGAUAGCGGCAUCACAGAGCCCGAAGACCAAAACGUUAUCCGUCCUCUAAAGCAACGUCGAACAGACCAACACCGCACAACAUCAACACGUCAUGACUUCAGCGCCCUGUUCAUGAGCUACCUCGAGAACUAUACCGAUCCAGAAUUCGACGAGCUCGCAGCGCUCAAGAAUCUCGCACACGAGCUGUCAGUCCUAGAAGACUACGCAUCCAACUUCCACACAGAAAAGGGCAUCGAAUUCGCCACCGCCUUCUUCGUAGCCUCCUUCCCUGCCUGGCUGUUGUACCGUCAGGACAUCGUCAACGUGAAACGCAAGUAUGCAUCCAUACAGUCCUCAGAGGAGGUAUCACAUCGCCAUCUCGCUGUGCUGGAGCGCUCGCGACUCGCGACCCAGCUUCGGCAAGCUCAUGAGAAGUUCAUGGACGCUGGACAUGCCGGGCUUAGACCGGAACAAGUCAUUUGUCGCGCGAUGACUACGCUGCAGAAUGAACAUGGACAUUCACAGACCGCGGAGGAUAUCCGCAUGGGGUUUCAGGGCAUGGAACAUGAGGUGAAGACGUUGGGGAACCAGCUAAUGAAGGACGGUGCGAAGUGGAUCCUGGGUGACUUUGUCUCGGUGGCCAGCUUGAACGGUCUGCAGCCGCACAAGUAGGUUGGUAAGGAUGCGAGGACCCUAGCUUUGGGGCUGGCUGGGUUGGGUGGGCUGUAUGCGUAGAGACGGGAGAGUGCCGUGUACGAUAGUGAGCUUAUGAGGAAUGAAGAUCG